GGCGGCAGUUUAUAAAUUCACUGUACUGAAUAUGAACUGCUCAGUGAAGGUUCGUCAAUGUUCCAUGAUAUGGUACGAUGGGAAUAUAGGUUGCAGACCACACAUUUCACUAGUAGAUGAGGAGGCUGGAUGGACUUGUGCUAUAAAAAGCCUCGCUUCUAGGCGAGAGUCAAGUUGAAGGCAUUUGACAUGGCUCGCCUCAGAUAUGGUGUGAGUAUCUUUCUAGUCCUGAUGCUGUGUGCCCACUUUUUCCUCGCUUAUGCUGCAGACUUCUCUAGUGAGAGGGAGCGAAGACAGGGAGAAGAGGGCGAGAGGGAACUCUAGCACCACAGUCUCAUGUCAGCUGCAGGCUAUGAGAGGAAGAGACGGCAGAGAUGGAAGAGAUGGAAUCAGGGGAGAGAAGGGAGAGAGGGGAGAUGUCGGGCCUCCUGGUGAAAAUGGAACCAGAGGAGAGAAAGGGGAGUCAGGGAUCCAAGGAGAAAAAGGAGAAGUAGGGGGUCCAGGUCCACAAGGAAUAUCUGGCCCCCAGGGUUCACAGGGGGUAAAAGGAGAGAGGGGGGAGAAGGGAGAUGUUGGUAGUCGAGGUUUUCAUGGUCCCCAAGGUCUUCCUGGCCCCACUGGCCCCCAGGGAAAGAAGGGGGACAAGGGAGAGAGGGGUGAGAAGGGAGAUCGUGGCAGCCAAGGUCCUGCUCAUUCUGGUGGUGUGUAUGUUCGCUGGGGUAGGACCUCAUGUCCUAAUGUCACUGGAACUGAACUGGUCUACUCUGGAAGAGCUGGGGGCAGUACCUAGGUGGUACUAACUUUAUCUGUCUUCCAAAUGAUCCUGAAUACUUCUCCAGUAAUGCUGGUGGAUCACUUUAUGUCUAUGGAGUGGGCUAUCGGAAGUCAUCCAGCCGGAGUCAGUGGUGCUGUUCCAUGUGCAGUCUGCUACUCCUCUCUCAGAGCCACUGUCAUGAUGAUUCCUGCCAAACUGACCUGUCCUCCACACUGGACCAGCGAGUACACCGGAUACCUCAUGAGCAAUAAUAGUCUACGUAGCAAACACGAGUGUGUGGACCAGAGCCCAGAGACUAUCAGUGGGAGUUCAUCCUAUCAGUUCUAUCCACUAAGGGUUAACUGUGGCAAUGGUCUCUCUUGUCCUCCCUACAGCUCUGCUAACAAAGCUCUCACUUGUGUUGUGUGCAGUCGCUAGACGAACCUUUGAAAUAACUUGGCCUUAGUAUGGUGAACUUUCCGUAGCUUCACAUAGUCAUGUAUUUACAUGUAUUAUUUCAUGUUAAAGUGUUAGAUACU